AUGGUUCGAAAUGAAGCGACGACGGGUGGCGCGUCGUCGGGGCAGAAGGCGGACGAUACGGCCCCUUUAACUGCCAUUUUAGUGGCAGAUAGUUUCGAUAGGCGAUUCACACCCAUCGUGGAUGAGACGUCGUCAUUGAGUUGUGUUCGAUUAGCGAACGUAAAGGUGUUGGACUAUACACUGGAAUGGUUAUCGAGGACCGAGAUACGCGAUGUAAUUGUUGUGGUGGCGUCGUCACAUGAGGCAGCUUUAAGCGAGUUGUUGAGCCAGUGGAAGGGCAGUUUUGAGACGUUGAAGUUGGUGACGUGUCAAAACUGCAUGUCAGUGGGUGAUGCGAUACGUGAGGUGGAGACCAGAUCGAUGAUCACGAGUGAUUUCUUAUUGAUCACGAACCCGGCGACGUUUUGUAACUCGAAUUUGGUGCAGCAGAUCAGGGCGUACAGGGAACGUCGAAAGGAGAGUAAAAACAACGUGAUGACGUUAAUCUACACGAAGAGUUGUGGCUCGAGCUCGAGCUCGGGUUCGGUGUCAAACUCGCUGAAUCCGAUUUUGGGAAUCGAACGGAAAACAAGCAAAUUGCUUCUAUACAACCCGGGCAGUGGUACGGAGGGUGGUGGCGGAGGGAAUGGUGCGUCGUUGGAACUCGAUAAGGUAACUUUUUUGUUUUUUUGGAGUCUAUUCAUAAGCGAUACAAUGAUACGGAGGGAUCUACGUGACAGCGGGGUGGCAAUAUGCUCGCAGAAUAUCAGUGCGCAGUUUAGUGAUAAUUUCGACUUCCAAUUCCGAGAUGACGUCAUUCGGGAGAUUAUUUUAAAUGAGGAGAUUUUGGGAUUGCAUAUUCAUGUGGACGUGUUGCCGGAUAGUGUGGCUGCAUUUACGGUUAGAGAUUACGAAGGGUUGAUACGAGCGAAUUGUCUGAUAUUGCAACGAUGGUUGACGCCGCUCUUACCGGGGCGAGCGGGGUUGGAGGGGGGACAUUUUAUAACGACGCGGUCGAAUCAGUAUUUCGGGGUGGACGAGGAGGAUAGGAAUGUGGAGAAUUUGGCCAGAUUCACUUGUAAUAAUUUCAAUGCGGGACCCAAUGUGGUGUUUGGAAUGGGUUGUAAGAUUGGAGCUGGUGCGACCAUUAAGAAUACGGCGUUAGGAAACAAUGUGGAAAUAGGUGAGAACACGACAGUGGUGAAUUGUAUUGUUGGUGAUGGAACGAAAAUUGGUCGUAAUGCUGCAAUAUCGAAUUCGUUUAUUGACGAGUGCGUGUGUAUUGGAGAUGACGUCAUCGUGUAUCCGAGAUGUGUCUUGGCCAAACGGGUCUGUAUACCGGCCGCGAAAAGCAUAGCGAGUGAGAGUGUUGUGUGCAGUGAGGCGUGUGCAGAGGAUGAAGAGGACAUUUUCUCGUGUACGAAGACAGACGUUGGUUUCGAAUGGAAAUUCGUCGAUGGCGCUAGCUUUUGGAGAGCAUCGAGCAAACGAAGGGAACGGUAUGAUUCAUCGGCGACGAAUCGAGGUGUGGAUAGUACAAUGGAGAAAUCGGAUGAAGAGGAUGUGGUCGAGAAAGAGAUGGAUAACACGGAGAAAUUCUUUGAAGAGGUGAAAGAAAGUAUGGAACGAAUAGCGGCGAGUGAUCAGAAUGGUGAACCGUUGGUGCGGAAUUUGAUUUUGGAGAUAAACAGCUCGAAAUUGGCCUAUAACAUAUCGAUGGAGGAUGUGGCCAAGAACGUGAUGUUGGCAUUUCUGUCGUUGCAGCACAACAACAGCUCUGCGGCCUUGCGUUCGUUGGUGCAGAGAUGGAAGGUUUUGUUCGAGAACUAUUAUAAACCGUUGAAGAGCCAAAUUCAUGCACUUAUUGCUGUUGAGGAGUACUUGACGUCGAACGCGAGCGCGUUCAAACCGCUCGCGGCUAAAACGGUACACAUGCUCUAUGAGGAAGAUGUAGUGGAAGAGGACGCAAUAUUAGAAUGGCACGACACGCUCGCGCCCGAGUCGCAAAUGCGCACGCUUGUG